CAAACCCCAAACUGGGAAAGUUGUCAGAUAGAUUUGUCCCCGGCAAAACCAGCGACAGACAACAAACUCAAAACAGGGAGAGCUUUGGGAAGCCUCCGUUCCCACCUACUUCCACCGUCUUCUCCUCCCUUUUGGGUUAACUGGGGAAGAGAUAGAAAAUAACAUGGAGGAAAUAGGCAAAGAAGAGAGCAAAGUUAUAGAGGAGGAAGGCCUGAACCAAACCAAAGACCAUACCCUACUUGAAGGGCCUCAAGAGCCAAACCCCAAUUCUGUUGACACUGUAAUAGUGGAGAUGCAGAAGCUUAUUGGUGAGAGUGGUGUUGAAAUGCCUGCUGACACGGCAGGCCCGGUUGAUUCAGCUCCCACUGUCCCUGAAGCAGCUGAGGAUGCUGAGAUUGGUACUGGAGCUAACGAUGAGCCGCAGGGUGAUACUGGAGGUGAUAAGGUUGGGAGUCAUGUGUAUUCGGAUAUGCAUUGUAAGACUGAGGUGAGUUUGCCGGUUGAGAAUUAUGUGUAUUCGGAUAUGCAUUGUAAGAGUGAGGUGGGUUUGGAAGUUGAGAGUGAUAAGGUUGUCAGUAAUGUGGAGUCUGAUGUGCGUAGUGAGAGUGAGGUGGCUGCAAAGGUGGAAGGUGAUAAUGUUGUGGGAAGCGUGGAUUUUGAUGUGCAGCAUGAGAGUGAGGUCAGUGUGGAGAAUGUAAGUGUGAAGAAUGCAAUUGAGGAGAAUGGUGGUGAGAAAAGGGAAGAGCUGAAGGAUGUUGAGGUUAGCAAAGUCCGUGAAUUAGAUGGUGGUGCUGAGACUGGUGAUCUUGUUGGUGAUGGGGAUGGUGUUUUGCAGCAAGCAGCUCAGACUACUAUGGAGAUUGAAAAGGGGGAUAAUGAUGGGGAGGAAGGGAAGGCACUGAAAGAUGGGGAGAGCAGCAAGGCCGAUCCCUCCAAUGAAGUGCAAAUUGAUGCUGAAACUGAUGGUGUUGUCAGUCAGGUGGAGCCUGAUAUCUGUGGUGAUGGUGAAGUUGCCAAGGAAAAAAUGGCGGAUGGAUGGCCCUCAAAUGAAGUGCAUAUGGAUGUUGUUGCCAGUCAGGUGGAGCCUGAUAAGGGUUGUGAUGCUGAAGUUGCAAAUGAAAAACUGACGGACGGGGUAAGCAGCAAGGCUAAACCAUCCAGUGAACCACUCACAAGUGCUGAAAAUGAUAGGGUUGUUUGUAAGUUGGAGCAUGAGAUGCCUCGUGAUAGUAAGAUUGCAAAGCAGAAACUGGUGGAUGCAGUCAGAAGUCAGGCCAAGCGCUCCCCAAUUGAACCACAUAGUAGUGUUAAAGAACUUAAAGCCAAUAAUGUUUGUAAGGUAGAGCGUGGCAUGCCUCAAGAUGAUGAGGUAUCAAUGGAGACUGAAUCUGAGUCUGAUGACGAAGAUGAGAAACGACAUCCACUAACUGGUGGGUUGAGCAGCAAAACAAAGUUCCCUCUACAUCAUAACAUAAAGGAGCAACUUUCAAAAUCCAAGGUUCAUGUAGAACGAGAGGUUGGGAGGAAAAGUUCGAAUAGAGAGAGAAACUUUCUCUUGGAUCCAGGUGUUGAGGGUGAUGAGUCAGGGACUGAAGAGGAGCAAGCUGAAUUCAUGAAGGAGGUGGAGAAAGUGUAUAGAGAGAACUACUUGGAAUUCAAACCCCCAAAGUUUUACAAAGAGGAAUUGAAUUUGCUCAAGUUAUGGAGAGCUGUGAUCAAACUUGGUGGCUAUGAAAAGGUUACUUCCUGCAAGUUGUGGCGGCAGGUUGGAGAAUCAUUUAAUCCCCCAAAGACUUGUACCACUGUCUCCUGGACUUUUCGGAUUUUCUAUGAGAAGGCAUUACUUGAGUUUGAAAAGCAUAGAUGGCAUGGCAGUGAGCUUGCUCUUCCUGAACCUUCUAGAGUUGAUUUCCGGGCUGAUGGUAGUCAAAUUUGUGGAUCAGGCAGGACACUAAGGGAUGCCGCAGCUCGUGCCAUGCAGGGUUGGCACACUCAACGCCUUUUUGCAAAUGGCGAGGAGAAGCCCUUGAGUACUAUGCCAAAAAGUGACAAGCAGCUUAAGAGUUCUGGUUUGCUAAAGCGGAAAAAACUAUCUCCUGGGGAUUCCGCUGCUCAGGCCUCUGACAUGAAAGCAACAAGGCCACGAUUAGAUAUGACGGUAUUUGAUAUUGGGCCCCCAGCAGAUUGGGUGAAAGUCAACGUGAAACGAUUUAACGACUGCUUCGAGGUAUAUGCUUUGAUUCCUGGACUUCUGCGUGAGGAGGUGCAUGUUCAAUCUGAUCCAGUCGGACGCUUGAUUAUUUCUGGUCAACCUAUGCAACUGGACAAUCCUUGGGGUGUCGCACCCUUUAAGAAGGUUGUCAGCUUACCUUCAAGAAUUGAUCCACAUCAGACAUCUGCCGUGGUGACCUUGAAUGGCCAGUUGUUUGUGCGGGUUCCAUUUGAACAGUCGGACUUUUAAAAUGUAGGGGUCUAUCCGUCUGUCUGGCAUGUAUAGAAAGCCUAAGUUACUUAGAUGAUGGAUGAUAAUUUAGUUGGUGCACACUUGGAGCUGAAUCCUAUAUAGUUUGGUGCCUGUUCACCUUUCUAUCUUUGGAAGCAGUUAUAGGCUUAUGACUAGUUUUUUUAAUGCAAAGUAGUCUUGAUUGUAGACGAGAUGGAUUUCAGGCAAAUCAUGCUCUUAUAAAUUAUUGGCAGAAUUUGUGGCUUUGAUAUUUUAUACCUCUUCUUGGAAGUGCAUUUCUUAGUGUCCAGAUUCUACUUAUUCUCCUUCAGAUUUCAAUAGUGAACCAAAGAUGUACUUGUGUGUCAUGUAAUCUCGUUCUGUCCUUGCACAUAAAUGUGGAUAUACUGGAAUUCGAAGAGUUGAUAUGAGACAUCAGAGGUAUGAUCUGAA